AAGCUACUGCAACCCAUUGCUAAUAUUAACAAUUAGCAAACCUCCUUUUUCUUGUACUGGUAUUUGUUUCCUUUUAUUCUAAAAUAGAAGAUGGGGAAGUUUUCUAAGUACUGUGGUGUGUUUGGUGUGAUGUUGGUGUUGUUAGUGAUAGCUGCAGGGACAACAGAAUGUAGGAAAAUUGAAAAAGACACAUUUUCUGAUGGCAUAGGAGGUGGCUUGGGUGGUGGAGGAGGUGGUGGUGUUGGUGGUGGAGGAGGCGUUGGAGGUGGUGGAGGUGUUGGUGGAGGAGUUGGCGGAGGUGGUGGUGCUGGAGGAGGAGUUGGUGGUGGCUUUGGGGGUGGAAAAGGUGGUGGCGUAGGAGUUGGGCAUGGUGGUGGAGUUGGGGGUGGUGCUGGAGGAGGGUUUGGUGGUGGAGGUGGUGCUGGCCAUGGUGGUGGUGUAGGAGUUGGAGGUGGUGCUGGCCAUGGUGGUGGUGUUGGUGGGGGUGCAGGUGGUGGUGUUGGAGGUGGAGGUGGUGCUGGUGGUGGCAUUGGGGGAGGAAAGGGCGGUGGUGUUGGAAUUGGAGGUGGGUCUGGUGGUGGAGUUGGUGGAGGUGCAGGUGGUGGCAUUGGAGGUGGAGGUGGUGCUGGUGGCGGUGCAGGUGGUGGCAUUGGAGGAGGAAAGGGCGGUGGUGUAGGAAUUGGAGGUGGGUCUGGUGGUGGAGUUGGUGGAGGUGCCGGUGGUGGCAUUGGAGGUGGAGGUGGAGGUGGUGUGGGUGGUGGUGCAGGUGGAGGCAUUGGGGGUGGAAAAGGAGGUGGUGUAGGAAUUGGAGGUGGGUCAGGUGGUGGUGUUGGUGGGGGUGCAGAUGGUGGUGGUGGUGUAGGAGGAGGUGCUGGUGGAGGUGUGGGUGGGGGAGCUGGUGGUGGUGCUGGAGGAGGGGUUGGUGGUGGAGGAGGUGCAGGUGGAGGUGUGGGCGCCGGUGGUGGUGUUGGCGGCGGCUUUGGUGGUGGUGCUGGAGGGGGCAUUGGUGGUGGAUUUUAAACCAAAAGUUAAAAUAUAUAGCUUGUAAUGAAAUGUAAUACCAUGCUCGUGCAUGGAUAGUAGUUAAAACAAAUGGAAUAAACAGAAGAGCAAGAGCUUUUCAACUAGUUUUUUUCA